UUCAUGUUUUAAAGGUGAGAGAUAAAAAGAAAGGGGAAAAAAGAGUGUGAAAGGGUUAUUAAUCAAUCAUCCAACAAAAAAACACAGUGAGUGUGGCAAAAGCAAAGGCAUGGUGACGAUAAAGUUUCAGCUACUUCUUACACAACGGCCAUGCUUUUGUUUGUACUAAAUAUUCUCACAGAUUCCUACAAGAAAUGGAAGUUGAGAGUGGAGAAAGAGGAAAACAACCCAAAAGAGAAAGACCCGUUGCUGCUUUGUCAUCAUCAGCUGCGAGUAAUAUGAAAUCUAUGGAUAAAGGGAAACUCAUUGCUCAAUACAAUGCGGAUGCUGGGCUUAUGGCUGAGUUUGAGCAGUCUGGUGUGUCGGGUAAGUCCUUUAACUAUUCAAAAUCGGUUCUUUAUGCUCCACAUAGUGUGCCUGAAGAACAAAUAACUGCUUAUCUGUCGAGAAUCCAAAGGGGUGGUUUGGUUCAACCUUUUGGUUGUAUGAUUGCUGUUGAAGAACCCAGUUUUAGGAUCAUUGGUUAUAGUGAGAAUUGUUUUGGGUUGUUGGGUUUGGAUUUGGAUAGUGAGGAUGAAAUUAAAGGGGUGAAGAGUUUGAUUGGGAUUGAUGUGAAAAGCCUUUUCACGCCUGCAUCAGGUGCUUCUUUGGCAAAAGCUGCCGCAUCUAGAGAGAUUUCAUUGUUAAACCCGAUUUGGGUUUAUUCAAGGAGCACUCAAAAGCCAUUUUAUGCUAUUUUGCAUAGAAUUGACGUGGGGAUUGUGAUUGAUUUAGAGCCUGCUCGGUUAGGUGAUCCGGCAUUGUCGGUUGCUGGUGCUGUGCACUCACAGAAACUCGCUGUUCGGGCGAUUGCUAGGUUGCAGUUGCUUCCUGGUGGUGAUAUCGGAGUAUUGUGUGAUACGGUUGUGGAGGAUGUUCAGAAGCUUACGGGCUAUGACAGGGUUAUGGUGUAUAAGUUCCAUGAUGAUGGUCAUGGUGAAGUUGUAUCAGAAAUCAGGAGGUCUGAUUUAGAGCCUUAUUUGGGUUUGCAUUACCCUGCUACAGAUAUCCCUCAAGCUGCUCGUUUCUUGUUCAAGCAGAAUCGCGUUAGGAUGAUCUGUGACUGCCAUGCAAAUCCGGUUAAGGUCAUUCAAAGUGAUGAGUUGAAACAGCAUCUCUGCUUGGUCAAUUCAACCCUUAGGUCGCCCCAUGGUUGUCACACACAGUACAUGGCAAAUAUGGGCUCGAUUGCCUCGUUAGUGAUGGCAGUUGUUAUAAAUGGUAACGAUUCAACAAAGCUUUGGGGACUGGUUGUCUGUCAUCAUACUUCGCCGCGCUAUGUGCCAUUCCCCCUUCGUUAUGCCUGUGAAUUUCUCAUGCAGGCAUUUGGACUGCAGCUAUACAUGGAACUUCAAUUAGCAUCACAACUAACUGAGAAGAAGAUUCUAAGGGCUCAAACCUUACUUUGUGAUAUGCUUCUCCGUGAUGCCCCGUUUGGUAUUGUGACACAAUCCCCUAAUAUCAUGGACCUUGUAAAGUGUGAUGGGGCUGCACUUUACUACAGAGGGAAAUGUUGGUUGCUGGGUGUUACUCCAACUGAGUCGCAGGUAAAAGAUAUAGCUCAGUGGCUGCUCACCACUCAUGAGGAUUCUACUGGACUGAGCACUGAUAGUUUGGCCGAUGCUGGCUAUCCUGGUGCUGCUUUACUGGGUGAUGCAGUUUGUGGUAUAGCUACUGCCCGAAUCACUUCAAAGGAUUUCUUGUUCUGGUUCAGGUCUCAUACUGCAAAGGAAGUGAAAUGGGGAGGAGCCAAGCAUCACCUGGAGGACAAGGAUGAUAGUGGAAGAAUGCAUCCAAGAUCAUCGUUUAAUGCUUUUCUUGAAGUGGUGAAAAGUAGAAGUUUGCCUUGGGAGAUUCCAGAAAUUAAUGCUAUUCACUCUUUACAGCUGAUAAUGAGAGAUUCAUUUCAAGACAUGGAAGAGAGUGGCUCCAAGGAGUUAGCUUGUGGCCAGCAAAAUGAUACUGAGACGGAGGGAAUCAAUGAAAUCAUCUCAGUGGCAUAUGAAAUGGUUAGAUUGAUUGAGACUGGAACAGCUCCAGUCUUUGGAGUUGACACAGCUGGUAUCAUAAAUGGUUGGAAUGCAAAAGUUGCAGAAUUGACAGGUUUACAAGCCGAUCAUGCAAUCGGGAAAUCCCUAGCUGAUGAAGUUGUUCAUGAAGAUUCUCGAGAAGUGUACGAAAAUCUCAUAGGAAGAGCUUUGCAAGGUGAGGAAGACAAGAAUGUUGAGUUAAAACUCAGAAAUUUCAAGCCUCAUCGGAAAAAUGCAGUAGUUUAUAUCGUGGUCAAUGCCUGCACAAGCAGGGAUUACGCAAAUGAUAUCAUUGGUGUAUGCUUUGUGGGUCAAGAUAUCACAUCUGAGAAAGUCGUGCUGGAUAAGUUCAUCCGUUUGCAAGGAGAUUAUAGGGCUAUCAUACAAAGUCUUAGCCCUUUGAUCCCUCCGAUAUUUGCUUCUGAUGAGAAUACUUGCUGUUCUGAAUGGAAUGCAGCCAUGGAAAAACUGACUGGCUACAGCAGAAAUGAGGUCAUAGGUAAAAUGCUAGCUGGAGAAAUCUUUGGAGGUUUAUGUCAGCUCAAAGGCCAGGACUCGAUGACUCGAUUUAUGAUCAUGUUGUAUCAAGGAAUUAGUGGUCGGAAUGCUGAGAAGUUUCCCUUCAGCUUUUUCGAUAGAAAAGGGGAAUUUGUGGAGGUUUACAUAGUGGCAAACAAGCGGACUGCUGCUGAUGGGAACAUAAUUGGUUGCUUCUGCUUCUUACAGGUUAUUGUGCCUGACAUGCAGCAAGCUAGUGAAGAACACAAGCAAGAAGACAAAGAGUUGUUUACGAAACUUAAGCACUUAGUUUACAUGCGACAAGAGAUGAAAAAUCCUUUGAAUGGCAUUAGAUUUACCCACAAACUUUUAGAAACUACAGCCAUUUCUGAAAAUCAGAAGCAAUUCCUUGAGACUAGUGAUGCUUGUGAAAGACAGAUCUCGGCAAUAAUUGAGGAUAUGGACUUUCGAAGCAAUGAUGAAGGCAUGGAGCUGAGCAUGGAAGAAUUUGUUCUAGGGAACGUUCUCGAUGCUGUCGUCAGUCAAGUCAUGAUUUUGAUUAAAGAAAGGAACUUACAACUCUUUCACGAAACUCCGAAGGAAAUCAUGGCGCUAUCUUUAUACGGUGAUCGAAUUAGGCUCCAGCUAGUCCUAUCGGAUUUCUUGCUUAACAUGGUGCAUCAUGCUCCUUCUCCAGAUGGAUGGGUAGAAAUCAAGAUUUCACCAGGUCUAAAGCUACUACGAGAUGGUAACGAGUUUCUCCGAUUACAAUUCAGGAUGACUCACCCAGGUAAAGGCCUUCCUUCCACUCUUAUUCAAGAAAUGCUCGAGAGCGGAAAUAGUUGGACGACGCAGGAAGGACUAGGGCUAAACAUGUCGCGGAAGCUUCUAAACAGGAUGAAUGGACAUGUUCAGUAUGUCAGGGAACAUAACAAAUGUUACUUCCUCGUUGAUCUCGAAAUCAAAACGAAAGGAAGACAAAAAGCAUCACUAGUAGAACAACACUACUAAUCUCUUCAAAGAAACCCUCUCUGCUCUAAGUAUGCAUCAAUGGGGUCACAUAGAUUUUCAUGAGGUAUGAGAAUUGAGAAUAAUCAUGUGAGCACCCAAAGCCAACAACUUCAUGAGGUGAAGCCUGUUUGUCCAUCAAUGCUGGUAUGAGAAUUGAGAAUAAUCAUGUGAGUACAUACAUACAUAUUCUAUAUCUAUACUAUAUAUAUUAUAUAUGUGUAUAUACAUUUCUUUGUUUCAGCAUAAAGCGAAAUGGAGAGAAGAUGCUGGGGUUUGCUAGCUGAAAAUAACAAGUUGAAAUGUAAGAAACCCCGUGAUAUUUGUGUAAUAAUGGUGGCAAUGUAGAAGUGAGCCUGCUCGUAUCAGAAAAAUUAACUUCAGAUA